CUGCCACUCGCAAGAUUAUUCACAGUAUGAUCUUUGAGUCGUAAUGUCUACCAUCAGCCAGGAAUUUUUCAAAUAUCUAAUAGUAUUGGCUAUGUGCAACAUGGCCUUUGCUAAUAACGGUAAUGGGGUGAUUGUGACCGCUAGAUCUAGUGACGACUGCCAAGUAACACCCGUCAUCCAUGUAUUACAGUACCCAGGAUGUGUACCUAAGCCAAUACCAUCGUUUGCAUGUACAGGACGCUGCAGCAGCUAUUUACAAGUUUCUGGGUCUAAAAUAUGGCAAAUGGAAAGGUCUUGUAUGUGCUGUCAAGAAAGCGGCGAACGAGAAGCCUCGGUAUCACUUUUUUGCCCAAAAGCCAAACAAGGCGAGAAAAAAUUUAGAAAGGUGACUACAAAAGCUCCAUUGGAAUGUAUGUGUCGCCCUUGUACGGGUAUUGAAGAAAGUGCGGUAAUUCCUCAAGAAAUGUCCAACUAUGCCGCUGAUGAGCCACCAAUCAAUGGCCAUUUUUCUAAAUCUAUUUAAAUUAUUAAUCAAUAAAUAAAGAAAGUGUUUAUAUUACUUUCAUUUUUA